GUGGCUAUUAGCGGGCACGGAUCGAGCGAGAAAGCUUGGUAGCAAUGCGGUGGUACGCGAACGUGCGGGAGGUGGUCGGCGGCGGCGGCGCCACGGUGGUGCUCGCCCAUGGCUACGGGGCCAACCAGGCGCUCUGGGACAAGCUCCUGCCCGCGCUCUCGCAGCGCAACAGGGUCAUCCUCUUCGACUGGGACUUCACCGGCGGCGGCGAGCAGCAGCCGGAGGAGGAGGGCCGGUACACGUUCGGCAGAUUCGCCGACGACCUGAUCGCGCUGCUGGACAACAAGGGGGUGCGGGGCGCCGUGAUGGUGGGGCACUCCAUGUCCGCCAUGGCCGCCUGCAUCGCCUCCGUCAGGAGGCCCGACCUCUUUUCCCACCUCGUCCUCCUCUGCGCGUCCCCUAGGUACAUCAACUCGCCGGAGGAGGGCUACGUCGGCGGCUUCGAGAAGGCGGGCAUCGACGGCAUGCUGGACGCCAUGUCGUCUGACUUCGUCUCCUGGGUGAAGGGCUUCGUCCCCAACGCCGUGGGCGACCCGGCCUCGGUCCCGCCCGUGGAGGAGAGCUUCCUCGCCAUGCGCCCGGGCGUGGCGCUGGAGGUCGCGAGGAUGAUCUUCCUCGGCGACCAGCGGGAGGCCCUCGGCGCCGUGACCGCGCCGUGCACGAUCGUCCAGGUGGAGGGCGACUUCGCGGCGCCGCCGGGCGUGGCGGAGCACAUGAGGCGCCUGAUGGCGCGCGCCGCGGCGACGGACGUGGUGAUCAUCGACUCCGUGGGCCACUUCCCGCAGCUCGUCGCGCCCCAGCAGCUGCUCGGCGUGCUCGAGGGCGUGCUGCGCCGCCACGGCGGCGGCGAGGAUGGGCGCGCGCACGGCGGUGCUGUGGAGGAGCAGGUGGCCGACGGUGGCAUCAAUAUUAUUACGGCCUAGCCGGAGGAAGGCGAAUCGAUACACGUACAUCUGUGAUCAGCAUAUCCCGUCCCUUGCUUUACCGUACGUGAUGCACGUUGUAUAUGCGCUUGUUUGUGCCUCGCCGUGUGUUGGGUCGCACGCUUGUGAAAAAAGAUUAGGUGGUCAGAGGAUUACAGAUGGCCAUGUAAAUUCUAAAUCGGUGGAGUUCAAUGUCCUAUCGUGAAUUGAGUACAGUGCCAGAUCGUCCCACACUAUA